CUCCUCCUCACUCUCCACCCCCCACCUGCGCUAAUUAAUCACGUCACGAGAUCCCCUUCUCCUCCACCUCCGGCCUCCGCCUCCGCCGCCUCCCUCCGCCGCCGCGCGCGGUGGUAAGGGCGGGACUCGCGCGCGCUCGCCCGCCGGAGUUCUGCGGGAGCGGCAAGGCUCCCCCUCCCCUCCCCUCCCGUCGCCGCGCCACAAGGUUGACCUUAUAGAAUGAAUCCAUAAAAUGAUUCUUUAUUUCAACAUAUAUUGGAGAUGGAUGAUCUGCCAGAUGACCAAGGACAAUCCGAUGCACACCCUUCAGAUCCAAAUUGGUGGCCCUCACAUGUGGAGAACAAGUUCAGACCAAUUUCUCUGACUAAACAGGGAGCAGAUUUGGGUUCGGCAGAAUCUUCCCUUGAUUGUAGGGAAGGCAACCAUUCAUUAUGGGCUGCCCAGACAUUAUGGUGUACUGGGUGUUUAUCAAGUCCAAUACCCAAUGGUUUUUAUUCAGUCAUUCCAGAUAAGAAACUGAAGGAGCGUUUUGACACUAUCCCGUCUCCUGAUGACCUUUAUUCCCUUGGAAUAGAUGGAUUCAAAGCUGAGAUAAUUCUUGUGGACUUAGAGAAGGAUAAAAAACUAUCUGCUAUAAAGCAGCUAUGUUCAGCGCUGGUAAAAGGAUUGAAAUCGAACCCUGCUGCAGUGAUAAAAAAGAUGGCAGGGUUGGUUUCUGACUUCUACAAGCGGCCAAAUCCGCAACUCAGUCCUGCAAGAACUUCCUCUGAGGAAAUUUCUCAUUUCAUGGAAAACCGUGGAGUUCAAUUGCUGGGGCAAAUAAGACAUGGAUCUUGUAGACCCAGAGCAAUAUUAUUCAAAGUUCUUGCAGAUGCUGUUGGUAUGGACUGUAAGCUGCUGGUGGGCAUUCCAAAUGAAGAAUACCAUGAAUAUGAUGAUUCAUCCAAACAUAUGUCUGUUGUUGUUAUGCUGAAAUCCGUGGAGUUUCUAGUUGAUCUUAUGCGUUUUCCUGGACAACUAGUUCCAUUCUCAUCCAAGGCUAUCAUUACAUCACAUAUAUCUGCAGCUGGAGAGAGCGACUCAGCGGACUAUGAUUCUUGUGAUUCUCCUCUUGAACCUAAUAGUCCUCUGUGUCCCCAACGGCAAGAGCAAGAUGGGUCCUUCAAAGUUCCGUCUCUAAGAAAUAUCAUGCUUAAAUCGACAAACUCUAUGGAGGGUAAAUUGAGAUGUUCAUCACAAAGUGAUCCAAAUGUGGCCAAUGCCUUCUGUGGUCGCAGCCGCAGGAAGGUUGUGGAGGAACAUCAAAGAACUGCUAGCUCAAGUCCAGAGCACCCAUUGUCCAGAACACGUGGACGCUCUAUGCUUGGUGAUAGACAGUAUGGGGAUGGUGUAGCUGUCUCAAGGUCAGAUGGCGCAUCAACAUCCAAUAUGCGUAGAGGACGGAGAAGAAGCAUAAGUAUUACCCCUGAAAUUGGUGACGAUAUUGCGAGUGCUGUUCGAGCCAUGAGUGAAAGGAUGAGAGAAAACCGCCUUUCAAGGGGGCAAAAUGAUGGCAGUCCAGGACACUUGAGUGAUUCAAAAAAGAAUGAAUCAGUAGAUGAUUUGAACGACAAUGAAGUACAUGUAGGAGGACCAGGUGAGCAGGAGGGCUCAAGAAGGCAAGUUAGUAACCAGAAGGCUGUGUCAUUACCUUCAUCGCCCCAUCGAUUGCGCAGUGAUGGUUCUGACCUCAGAGGGCCAGCUGACUUUCUCACAGCAGAACUGAUGUCCACUUGGAAUAAGGUUUUGCGAUCCUCACCAUUUCUGAACAAGCCUUUAUUGCCUUUUGAGGAAUGGCAUAUUGAGUUCUCGGAGAUUACUGUUGGCACUCGUGUUGGGAUAGGGUUCUUUGGAGAAGUUUUCCGUGGCAUCUGGAAUGGAACAGAUGUAGCUAUAAAAGUAUUCUUGGAGCAAGAUUUAACAACAGAGAACAUGGAAGAUUUCUGCAACGAGAUCUCCAUACUUAGCCGUCUUCGACACCCCAAUGUUAUAUUGUUCCUUGGUGCAUGCAUGAAGCCUCCUCACUUAUCGCUAGUCACCGAAUAUAUGGAAAUGGGUUCUUUGUACUAUUUAAUUCAUGCAAGUGGCCAGAAGGGUAAGCUCAGUUGGCGAAGGAGGCUAAAAAUGCUUCGUGACAUAUGUAGGGGUCUUAUGUGCAUGCACCGUUUGAAGAUAGUUCACCGUGAUUUGAAGAGUGCAAAUUGCCUUGUUAACAAGCACUGGACAGUCAAAUUAUGUGAUUUUGGGCUCUCUCGAGUUAUGUCAAAUUCUGCAAUGAAUGACAAUUCAUCUGCAGGAACUCCAGAGUGGAUGGCUCCUGAGCUUAUUCGUAAUGAACCAUUUACAGAGAAGUGUGAUAUCUUCAGCCUUGGAGUUAUCAUGUGGGAACUUUGCACUCUGAGUAGGCCUUGGGAAGGAAUACCGUCAGUUCAGGUUGUUUAUUCUGUUGCGAAUGAAGGGGCCCGGUUGGAAAUACCAGAUGGACCUCUUGGAAGCUUGAUAGCUGAUUGCUGGGCGGAACCGGAGAAGCGUCCAGGUUGCCAGGAGAUUCUCACCCGUUUGCUUGAUUGCGAAUACACCUUAUGUUGAGAUAUUCUGCCUCUGGUCUGUAUAGCGGUUUUAGAGGCAGCGGCGAAUUGGCUCGGCUUAUACACCGUUUCUUUUUCCCAUUUCCCAUCAUUUUGACAUCGUUGAGAUGUAAAUUGGGCAACCUGUACUUAAUAAGCAAGCUUCAAUGUUUACACCAUUCGUCUGUUUAACCAUUUUUACC